CCCUCCUAAAGGUAAAAGAGAAAGAAAAUUCGGUGUCCAUGUGAAAGGAGAAUAAUAUUCUUUGAAAGUUUUUCUGUAAGACACACCGAGGUCUUAGUCAGAUAUUAUGAGUUUGACAUCAGCAGCUGGUCUGCUGGCUUUGCUUGAUGAAAAUGAACAUGAUUUAAAGGUCUUUGCCCUUAAAAAUCUGCACCACAUUGUUGAUGUAUUCUGGGCAGAAAUCUCUGAGUCUGUGGAAAAAAUUGAAGUGUUAUAUGAAGAUGAAGCAUUCAAGCAAAGACAGCUCUCAGCCCUGCUGGCAUCAAAGGUGUACUACCACCUUGGAGCCUUUGACGAUUCCUUAGCAUAUGCACUUGGAGCAGGAGACCUGUUUGAUGUGAAUGGGCAUUCAGAAUAUGUGGAAACUAUCAUUGCAAAAUGCAUUGAUUCAUACACUGAGAAAAGAGUUUAUAAAGCAGAAAACCCAGAUGAAGAUGUUACUAUAGAUACAAGACUUGAAGCCAUUGUGGACAGGAUGUUCAAAAGAUGUUUUGAUGAUGGAAAAUACAAACAGGCUGUUGGAAUUGCCCUGGAAACAAGAAGACUGGACAUAUUUGAACAAGCAAUUUUGAAAUCAGAUGAUGUGCCUGGAAUGUUGUCCUACAGCCUAACAGUCUGUAUGUCAUUGAUACAAAGUAGACAGUUUAGAAAUAAGGUUCUGAGAGUCUUGGUACAACUGUACAUGAAUCUAGCAACGCCAGACUUCAUCAGUGUCUGUCAGUGUUUCAUAUUUCUUGAUGAUGCUCAAGGAGUAGCUGACAUCUUGGAAAAACUUAUAAAAGACAAUGAGAAAGAUCAAACCUUGAUGGCCUACCAGAUUGCUUUUGAUCUGUAUGAAGGAGCCACUCAACAGUUCCUGUCAUCUGUAACAUCUGCGCUAAAAGCCACAGUACCUUUUGUAUCCAGUACUGGAGCAACAGGCACUGAUGCAUCCGCUGAGGGAAAAGCUGAUAAGAAUGGCAUUACAGAGAAGUCAGGUGAUGCAGCUAUGGACACUGAUGAAGCAGAGAAGGAAGUUCCUGCUAAGAAGCCAAAACCAGAUGCUGUUUUGAGUGAAAGUGAUAAAAAACUGGUUGACAAAGUUGACAAGUUGGUGGCAAUCCUGGGUGGAGAGACUACCAUUGCCCUUCAUCUGGAAUUCCUUAUCAGAAAUAAUCAUGCAGAUCUACUCAUUCUCAAAAACACAAAGGAUGCUUCUAGAAAUUCAGUUUGUCACACAGCCACUGUAAUAGCUAAUUCCUAUAUGCAUUGUGGGACAACAAGUGACACCUUUCUUCGAAAUAACCUUGAAUGGCUUGGAAGGGCUACAAACUGGGCAAAAUUCACAGCAACAGCAAGCUUAGGAGUUAUUCACAGGGGUCAUGAGCAAGACGCACUGAAACUGAUGUCCACUUAUCUACCAAAAGAUGGCAGUGGAGGGAGUGCUUACCAGGAGGGAGGAGGCUUGUUUGCACUGGGCUUGAUUCAUGCUAACCAUGGUGGCAAGAUUAUUGAGUAUCUUUUACAGCAACUGAAGAAUGCAACAACAGAUAUGGUGAGGCAUGGAGGUUGCCUUGGUCUUGGACUGGCAGCCAUGGGCUCUGCCAGACAAGAUGUCUAUGAGCAGUUGAAAACACAGCUUUGGGAGGAUGAUGCCGUGACAGGUGAAGCUUGUGGUCUUGCCAUGGGUCUUGUGAUGCUUGGAUCAAAGUCUGCCACAGCUAUCGAGGAGAUGGUUGGGUAUGCUCAAGAAACUCAGCACGAGAAAAUCCUUCGUGGGCUCUCUUUAGGCAUUGCUUUGGUGAUGUACGCACGAAUGGAAGAAGCCGAUGCGCUCAUUGAAAGCUUGAUGCAAGACAAGGAUCCUAACUUGAGGCAAAGUGGCAUGUAUACAGUAGCCAUGGCCUACUGUGGCACUGGAAACAACAAGGCCAUCAAAAGACUCCUUCAUGUCGCUGUUAGCGAUGUCAGUGAUGACGUAAGAAGGGCCGCCGUGACGUCACUAGGUUUUCUCCUUUUUCGAACUCCUGAGCAGUGCCCAAGUGUGGUGUCCCUGUUGUCAGAGAGUUAUAACCCUCACGUGAGAUACGGAGCAGCCAUGGCCCUGGGUAUUGCCUGCGCAGGCACUGGAUUAAAGGAGGCGAUUGCUCUUUUGGAACCCAUGACAAAUGACCCUGUGAACUAUGUGCGGCAGGGUGCUUUAAUCGCCAGCUCCCUGGUUCUCAUCCAGCAGACGGAACUUGCGUGUCCGAAAGUAAUGAAAUUCCGCGAGAUCUUCGCAAAGGUGAUUAGCGAUAAGCACGAAGAUGUCAUCGCUAAAUUCGGCGCUACCCUAGCUCAGGGAAUCCUUGAUGCCGGUGGACGGAACGUGACCAUUUCGCUCGAAUCUCGCGCGGGUCACACGCACAUGGCAACAGUUGUAGGACUGUUUGUAUUUACACACGUGUGGUACUGGUUCCCACUCUCUCACUUCUUGUCCUUGGCCUUUACUCCCUCGUGUAUCAUUGGACUAAAUUCCGAUUUGAAGAUGCCCAAAAUGCAGUUCAGAUCCAACGUGAAGCCAUCAAUGUACGCCUACCCUGAACCGCUGAAGCCUCCUAAGAAAGAAGAGAAGGAAAAGGUCACUACGGCAGUUCUGUCCAUCACAGCCAAGGCGAAGGCCAGAGCAAAGAAAUCCGAGGCAUCCGAAGACAAGAUGGAAGUGGAUCAGGAAGCAGACAAAGGAAAAGCUUCAUCAGCUAAAAAGGAGAAAGAAGGCGAGAAAGACAAGUCCGAGGAAGAAUCAACUGUUGAAAAGAGUGAAAAGGAAAGUAGCGAGAAAAUGGAAGAAGACGAACCUGACUUUGAAUUGUUAGAGAACCCGGCAAGAGUUCUACCCGCACAGCUCAAGGUUAUCUCCCUACCAGAAGACAGCCGAUACAGGCCUCUAAAACCGGUUAACAUCGGAGGAAUUGUGAUGAUGACUGACUCCAAAUCUGAUGAGCCCGAGGACUUGAUCGAACCUCUUCCUGCUUCCUCACCCAUGGGUAUUGGCACUGAAGAAGACGAAGACGAACCUGACCCUCCAGAACCGUUUGAGUACGUCGACGAAGAUUGAACAAAAUUUCUGCCUCAGAUUGUGUCGGUUAUUUCAUACCAUAAAAACAAUUUUGAUAAAUGUAACAAAAGAAAAAAAAAAGACAAGAACGACCUUGAGAGUACUCCUCACAGGUUUGAAAGGUCGCACUCUUGGCUGAGUGUCUUUAGAGUGUUAAAGAAACAGUGUACAGUUUAAUAAACAGUAACAUCUGAA